AUGUUGGCCUUUUAUUUUGCCCACCAUCGGCCGUUAUUUUGUCUUUUGUUGUACACUCUCGGGUUUGUUUUGGACGCCGUGGACGGCCUUGCCGCGCGGGCGCUCAACCAAUGCUCGCGCUUUGGCGCCAUUCUCGACAUGGCGACCGAUCGCGCCGCGACGGCGGGGAUGAUUGUCGUCCUGGCGAGCGUUUGGCAGCCGAAAUUCCAUUUUUUUACCUUUUUUUUGGCUUCAUUGGCCUUUCUCGACGUCGCCUCGCACUUUUGCCGGAUGUACGUCUCGCUGCUCAUGCAAAAGGAAAGCCACAAGGACGUCUCCGACAGCCCGUUUUACCUCCUACGAAAGUACUAUGCGGAUCGGCGGUGUAUGGGGGCGCUGUGUGUGGGCCAGGAGUUCACGUAUAUUUUGCUUUACGCCUACAUUUUUGCCACCCGCAGUCCUUUUCUUCGGACGGUUUUGCAGGGGUUGCUCCUGCCAUGCGCCAUACUCUGCCUGGUGAAGCAAAUCGUGAAUGUUCAGCAGCUGAUGGACUCCCUUUAUAAGAUCGCCUGUCGAGACGCGAUCGAGCGCGCGCGAAAAUAA